AUGACGACGGAGGACAAUAAAACCAUCGUUGAGCCGAUACACGCGCCGCGGCUCAAUCCGCCCAGCAUGGCCGACACGAGCAUCGAGACAUAUUUCAUGUCGCUCGAAUUCUGGUUCGCUGCAUCGGGAAUCGGUUCCCAUCCUCAGCAGGAUUCCCGCAAGUAUAAUAUCGUGAUGGCACAAGUGCCACCAAACAAAUUGUCCGAGCUCCGGUCGAUUAUCGAGGCCACUCCUGCUGCCGAGAAGUACACUUACAUCAAAGCGAAGCUGAUCGAGUACUUUGCCGAUAGUCAGCAACGCCGUCUGCAACGUGUUCUGUCCGACAUGCCUCUGGGGGAUCUAAAACCCAGUCAACUCUACAAUGAGAUGAAACGGGUGGCUGGCGAUUCCCUCGGGGACAAGGUGUUGCUAGACCUGUGGGCGCCCAGACUGCCGCCACAUGCACAAGCUGCGGUAGUCGCUUCAAAGGGAAACGCGGCAGACAAAACCACCAUCGCCGACGCCAUUGUGGAUUCAAUGGGCCUACGAAAAAUUAACGUCGUCGAAUACAAUGGACAAAAUUCAGCGAUGGCGUCCUCCAGCGUUAUGGAAACUGCAGCCAUCGAUCCGAUCCAAGAGUUGAAACGUGAGAUCGCUGAGCUCACCAAACGACUCGAAAAAGUGCUGCCCGGUCAGAGGAAUGCUCGCGGUCGGUCUCGUUCACAUUCUCGUGUAGCUGAGCAGCGAAAUUCUUGUCGCGAGAGAGAACCAUCAGUAGGAUUGUGUUGGUACCAUCGAACGUUCGGAAACGAUGCCCGCCGGUGUCGCAAACCCUGCUCCAACGGCCGGCAGUCCUCGUCCAACCAGCAAUGA